AUGGUUCUUUUAUCUUGCAUUGUCGUCACGACAGUUGGGAGCGUUGCCGCAACUGCAGGAACUCCCUUGAUACUUGCAGCUGUGAGCUUAGGUGUAACUGGAGUCGUCGUGGGAACUAUCGCAUCGGGUUCUCAAGGCCAUAUGGCAAUGUUCGCCGCUCUCUCUUCAAUAGUUUUGGCUCGCUCUUAUUUAAAAGACCAAGGAACCUUCUCAGGAUUUUAA